AUGUUCGAGGAGUGCAAAGAUCUGGUUCAGAGCGCAGUAGAUGGUCAUAACGUCACCAUCUUCGCGUAUGGACAGACAGGUGCAGGGAAAACCUACACACUCUAUGGAACUCCUGAACAGGAGGGCAUUGCUGGACGAGCCAUCUCCGAGCUGUUUCAGAUUCUGGGGCGACAGCCCUUGUCACGUCGCUUCGUCGUGACGGCCUCCAUGUUCGAGCUCUACCGGAACCGACUGGUGGACCUCCUGGCCGUUGCUCGAGGGCCUCGGCGUGGAAAGAGUCCCCCUUGCAGCCCCAAGCUGAACCUUCGGCCGGGGGAGUCUGGAGCACAGGUGGACAAUCUGUCGGAAGAGGAAGUUCAGGACGCCAUGCAGCUCAAGCGGCUCCUCUACCGAGGUUCAGCGGUCCGUAGCACUGCACCCAAUGCUCUUAACGUUGAGAGUUCGCGAUCACACUUGAUCUUCACCAUCAAGGUGACCACCAUUGAUGGCCCAGAGCAACUCACUGGGAAGCUGGUGCUGUGCGACCUGGGCGGCUCUGAGCGGCUCAAGAAGAGUGAGGCGACCGGGGAGCAGCUGAAGGAGGCCAUUGAGAUCAACCGCUCCUUAACGGCCUUGGGCGACGUCAUCGAGGCGGUGGCCGAGAGGAAGAGACAGGUGCCCUACCGGAACCACAAGCUCACACAGCUCUUACAGGAACUUCGUGUCUUCGCGAUGAAGCGUUUCUUGCUCCGCUACGAUCCUCCAGGAGUGGGAUUGGAGGUGGAAGAUGACGAGCACCAGCUUUCGGUGCAGCACAAGAACCUGCCCGCCAAGUCGGAGGUCUCCUCCGCCAAGGACAUCAACGGCCUGGUGGACGCCUUGAUCGAUGAGGAGUCCACGCUGCUCACGCGGCGGCGACACCGAGAGGGUCUCAUCCAGCUGCUCUCCAGGCUCUAUGAGGUGGACGUGACCCAGGCUGCCGAGGCGGAAAAGGAUCCCCCUGCGGAGGAGCCUGAGGAGUCGGACGCGCUGCAGGGCGCGCAGGUGGUGCUCACCGGCCUCACUGGAUCGCAACAGGGCUUCAACGGGGAGGUGGGGACGGUAAUCAAGUCGAAGGGCGAGAAGCAGAAAUAUGAGGUCGAAGUGAAAGGACCCGAGUCGCACCCGGUUCCUGGGUGGGGCGCCGCCUCCUUUUAUGGGGUCUUUAGUGGGCCUCUCUCAAAGGGUGGGGGUCUUGAAAAAUCUUGGGGUGCCCUUGGUGAUAUAUAUUGGGUGAUAAAUUGA